CAUUGUUUAUUAGUUUUUAAAAUUAAAUAGUUUAUUUAUUUUUUAUUUAACUCUUUUAGAAGUGUUUAUAGCAAUUAUUAAUCAAUUUGUAUACAGUGAGAUGAUGAUUUUUUUUUAAAUUAAUAAUAAAGUAAAAUUUUUUGAGUCAAAAAACGGUUAAGCUCCAAAAUGCUGAAGUAAUUUGUCAAAAAAUUGAUAACUGUUUUUUAGAAUUCCACAAAUGGACCCAUCAUCAAAAAUUUUGACAGCUACUGAAGUCGAAAAUGUAGUUACUGGUGCGGUUAAUGAAACAAAUGGAUCAAAUAGCAAUGAAGAGUUACAUGAUGGAGAAAAAACUCCACAAAAAGAUAACAAUAAAAUCAACAAUAAUUCUAUUUUUAAUACAAUUUCGAAAAUUGUUAAUCGCUCAACAAAGAUUCCGGAAAUCCAAGAUUUCAAAAUUGUCAAGCCCAUCAGCAGAGGAGCCUUUGGUAAAGUGUUUUUGGGUUAUAAAAAAACCAAUCCUGACCAAGUGUAUGCCAUAAAAGUGAUGAAAAAGAACGAAAUGAUCCACAAAAACAUGGCAUCACAAGUAGUGAUUGAAAGAAAUGCCUUAGCUUUAACUCGAAGCCCAUAUUGUGUUCAAUUAUUUUACUCCCUUCAAUCAGUGAGCUGCAUUUAUUUAGUAAUGGAAUACAUGGUUGGAGGAGAUCUAAGUAGUUUUCUCGGCAAUGUCGGUUACAUGGAGGAAUCAAUGGCAGCAUUUUAUAUCGCCGAAGUAACAUUGGCUCUAGAAUAUCUUCAUUCUCAUGGAAUAGUUCAUCGUGAUCUAAAACCCGACAAUAUGCUUCUCUCUCAUGAGGGCCACGUGAAACUGACUGACUUCGGUCUAAGUAGAAUAUCAGCAUUUCACAGAGACCUAGAAAUAUCUGAUCUAGUGAAUGGUACACCAAAUGUAGGUACUCGAACACCUGGUCAAUUACUUUCUCUCACCUCUCAUUUGUCUUUUGGCUCUGGAGGUCGUUUGUCACUCGACUUGGAUUCAUCAGCUGUUGCAGAAGACUCUCCUGCAGAUGUGAUUUCAUUAAAAAAAAAUCUGGAUGCCAAAUAUUCUUCUAAUUCAAUUAUAACAUCACCAUCACCACCAGAUUGCUCUAGACUAUCGGGAAUUAUUCCUUUUCAUUCAGCUGAUGAUUUGGAUUCAGCAGACGAUGAUGUAUUUCGUGAUAAUAAUACUAAUAAUCAAGAUGUAGACAGCAGUAGUAGCUAUCAUACGUGCCAGUCAUCAUUGAGACGUUCUAAUUUAUCAACAAGUUCUAAAUGUAUCGAGUGUGAUGAGUCUACUUUGGAGGCUGACAAAAGCCGUUUAUCAUCAUCAUUAAACACUUCCAACAGAGGAACGAAGAGAAAGAGGGUUGCUACAUCAACAGGAUUGACAAGAGAAAUUUAUUUGAUGGGUUUGGAUGCUAAUUCAACGCCUAAGAGAAAAAAUAGAGGCAUUUUUCCAUCAAGGGGCAGCUCUGGUAACAUAGAAACCCUUAAAAGAAUUGAAGAAAAGCCUGAGUUGCAAGAAGAUGGUGAUAAUUUGAUCAGAAGUAAUUCAGCUGAAAGUCGUGUUGCCUUUAGUACACCAGUAUCUUCAAUGAAACGAAAUGUUCCUGAAGCUAAAAUCAAAACUACUAGAUUUGAAUUACCAACACCAAUGACUCCAACGUCUAAUUCAGAUUCUAAUAUUCAAAGACAGUCUCCCCAAGGUAUAUCUCCAAUAAAAACACCUGCACCAGCAGCUAAUGGUAAUUACACGCCAUACAGAACACCUAAGAGUGUCAGAAGAGGUACACAAACUACAAACACUGGAAAAUCAGAUGAUAGAAUUCUAGGCACUCCGGAUUAUCUAGCACCUGAGCUGCUUUUGAAACAGGGUCAUGGGCCUGCUGUUGAUUGGUGGGCCUUGGGAGUCUGUUUAUACGAAUUUUGUACAGGUGUUGCACCAUUUAACGAUGACACUCCACAGGCAGUGUUUGAUAAUAUUCUAGCUAGAGAUAUACCUUGGCCUGAAGGUGAAGAAGUGUUAUCUGAAACUGCUAUUAAAGCUAUUGAUUCUUUGUUGACGUUGGAUCAAUAUACUAGACCUUCUGCUAAGGAAGUUAGACAGAUGGAAUUUUUUCGAAAUUUUCCAUGGGAUCAACCUGCUCAAGCUGUGCCUCCUUUUGUGCCAAAGCCUGAUGAUAAUUAUGAUACUUGCUAUUUUCAAGCUCGUAACAUAAUGCAGCAUCUCACUGUCAGCAGCUGCGAGAAUGAAGCUUGCUAGAAAUAAUUCAAACAAUGGCCGUAUUUAUAUAAAAUUGUUAAAUUAAUUGUUUUGUAUCAUAGAAUGUAUAUGUAUAGUUAGAAGAAUAAUUAUAAUAAACUCAACUUUUUAUUAA